GAAAGUGAUUUUUGUGCAUCUUCUGAAGAAAGUGCAUAUUCUGAAGAAAGCAAUUCAACUGCAACUUAUUAUCGUAAAUAUGGUCCUCAUGAAAAAUUUACUGUAGCAUCAGAGAAGACAAAUUCUCUUACAAAUUUUUUUAAACCCAUUAAUUUGAACGAUAAUGAAGAUAAAAUUAAUGAAACUGUUUCUUUUAUUAGAAUGGAUAGUGAAUAUAAUGAAAGUGAUGAAAUAAGUGAAUGUAAUAAAACAAGUGAAAUGGGUAGACAUAUCGGAAUGGAUAGGGAAACAGGUAGACAUGAUAGAAUUGAUAGUGAAACGAGUAUAUAUAACGAAAUCGAUAGUGGAACGGGUAAAAACAAUGAAAUGGAUGGUGAAACGGAUGGUGAAAUGGAUAGAUAUGGUGAAAUCGGUGAAAUUGAUGGUGAACUAGGUAGAUAUGAUGAAGUUGAUAUUGGAACGGAUAAAAAUAAUGAAAUGGAUUGUGAAACAGGUAUAUAUGGCAAAGUCGAUAUUGGAACGGAUAAAAAUAAUAAAAUGGAUGAUAAAACAGACGAAAUUGACAAUGAAAUUGAUGGUGAAACAGGUAGAUAUGGUGAAAUUAAUAGAAAAACAGAUAAAAAUAAUGAAAUGGAUGGUAAAAUGUACGAUAAAACAGGUAGAUAUGGCAAAAUCGGUGAAAUGGACGAAAUUGAUGGUGAAAUGGAUGAAAUUAAUGAUGAAACGGACGAAAUUGAUGGUGAAACGGGUAGAUAUGGUGAAAUUAAUAGAGGAAUAGGUAAAAAUAAUGAAAUGGAUGGUAAAACAGAUGAUGAAAUGGGUAGAUAUAGAAAAAUCGGUGAAAUAGACGAAAUUGAUGGUGAAAUUGAUUGUGUAAUAGGUAAAUUUGAUGAAAUGGAUAGUGAAACGGGCAGAUAUGACGAAAUCGAUGGUAAAACAUAUAGAUAUGAUGAAGUAGAUAGUAAAACGGGUAGACAAAAAAUAGAUGAAUUUAGUAAUGAGAGUGGUUACGGCGAAACAGAUGAAUUUAAUAAUGGGAGUAGUUAUAGUAAAACAGAUGAUAAAAUUG